AUGGUCAGCUCCUGUUGUGGCUCUGUCAGCUCUGAGCAGAGCUGUGGCCUGGAGAACUGCUGCCGCCCCAGCUGCUGCCAGACCACCUGCUGCAGGACCACCUGCUGCCGCCCCAGCUGCUGUGUGUCCAGCUGCUGCAAGCCCCAGUGCUGCCAGUCUGUGUGCUACCAGCCCACCUGCUGCCACCCUAGCUGCUGCAUCUCCAGCUGCUGCCGCCCCUCUUGCUGUGAACCCAGCUGCUGCCGCCCCAGCUGCUGCCAGACCACCUGCUGCAGGACCACCUGCUGCUGCCCCAGCUGCUGUGUGUCCAGCUGCUGCAGACCCCAGUGCUGCCAGUCUGUGUGCUGCCAGCCCACUUGCUGCCGUCCCAGCUGCUGCAUCUCCAGCUGCUGCCGCCCCAGCUGCUGUGUGUCCAGGUGCUGCAGGCCCCAGUGCUGCCAGUCUGUGUGCUGCCAGCCCACCUGCUGUCAUCCUAGCUGCUGCAUCUCCAGCUGCUGCCACCCCUCUUGCUGUGAAUCCAGCUGCUGCCGCCCCUGCUGCUGCCUGCGUCCAGUCUGUGGCCGAGUCUCCUGCCACACCACUUGCUAUCGCCCAACCUGUGUCAUCUCCACCUGCCCCCGCCCCCUGUGCUGUGCCUCCUCUUGCUGCUAA